AUACCUCAGGAAGCAUAUGAUCAUCCUGAUCUAUAUGGAUUGAGAAGAUCAUCCAGAGCCCACGCUCCUCCUCAUCGCUAUGAAGAAAACAACGAGUCCGAUGACGACGACGACGACGACAACAACGGCGACUCAAAUGAUUACUUUGAUGACGACGACGACGAUGAUGAUGAUGACGAUUAUUCUUCUCGGUCCAAAAAACGUAAACUGAAAAAGAAAUCCUCCAAAAUCAAAAAAUCAAAAUCUACAAAGAAAACUCAAGAAGUUUCUGAACUAAGAUUCUCAAGCAGAAACAACAACAAAAUAAUAAAUUACGCUAUAGAAGAUGACGAAAAUGAAUUCCUAGAAUCUGAUGAUGAUCAGCCUCCUCCUCCUCCUCCUCUAAACCCUCAACAAAAUGGCUACUCAGACUACUACUACUACAAUAAUGAUACCACAAAUACCCAAGAUAUAGAUGUUCCCAGUGAUAAAAGAAUUCAAAAAGAAAACGAAAUUGGCAUGGAAUUGGACAAAAUAAGAGACAAUUACAAAUUCCUAGUUAAAUGGACCGGAAAAUCUCAUCUACACAAUACUUGGGAAACUUUUGUUUCUUUGAAGGGUUUAAAAGGUAUCAAAAAACUUGACAACUACAUCAGAUCCUUUAUAAUAGAAGCUUUUGAAAUUAAACAUGAUCCAACCGUAACUAGAGAAACUUUGGAACUAAUAAACCUAGAUAACGAAAGAAAAUUAGGCGAAAUAAAUGAAUAUAAACACAUUGAAAGAAUCGUUGAUUCUCAAAGAAUUUACGUUGACAAUACUGAAACUCAACUACAAUAUCUCGUUAAAUGGAGAAGACUAAAUUAUGAAGACUGUACUUGGGAAAAUGCUGAUGAAAUUGUUAAAAUCUCUCCCGAUAAAGUUAAAAGAUUUCAAGCAAGAGUUAAAUCAAAAAUCUUACCAGCAUAUUCAGCAAAUUACGGCUUGUCAAGACCAAGAUUUGAAAAAUUAGUAGCUCAACCUCUUUUUAUUAAAAAUGGAAUUCUCAGAGAUUUCCAACUUACCGGUUUGAACUGGAUGGCAUUUCUUUGGUCAAGAAAUGAAAAUGGUAUUUUGGCAGAUGAAAUGGGUCUUGGAAAAACUGUUCAAACCGUUGGCUUUAUAAGUUGGCUUGUUUUUAGUAGAAGACAAUAUGGUCCUCAUUUAGUCGUUGUUCCUCUAUCAACAAUGCCAUCAUGGCAAGAAACUUUUGAUAAGUGGGCUCCUGAUUUGAACUGUAUUUGUUAUAUUGGAAAUGCAAAUUCAAGAAAAACAAUAAGAGAAAACGAAUGGUACUCCAGUAAAAAAAAGGCAAAGUUUAAUGUUUUGUUAACAACUUAUGAAUUUAUCUUAAAAGAUAGACCUCAGCUUGGAGCACUAAAAUGGCAAUUUCUAGCUGUUGACGAAGCUCAUCGAUUAAAAAACGCUGAGAGUUCUUUGUAUGAGGCCUUGCGCUCUUUCAAAGUUUCCAACAGAUUGCUUAUUACUGGUACUCCUCUUCAAAAUAAUAUUAAGGAGUUGGCCGCUUUAGUAAACUUUUUGAUGCCUGGAGAGUUUUCAAUUGACCAAGAGAUAGAUUUUGACACACCAAAUGCAGAACAAGAAACUUUUAUUAGGGACUUGCAUAAAAGAUUACAACCAUACAUUUUAAGAAGAUUAAAAAAGGAUGUCGAGAAAUCCUUACCAUCUAAAACAGAAAGAAUUCUUAGAGUUGAAUUGUCGGAUUUGCAAGCUCAUUAUUAUAAAAACAUAUUAACAAAAAAUUAUACUGCUUUAAACGCAGGCUCUAAAGGUUCUCAGAUAUCUUUGUUAAAUAUUAUGGCAGAAUUGAAAAAGGCUUCUAAUCAUCCUUAUUUAUUUGACAAUGCUGAGCAACAAGUUUUAGAAAAAGUAGGCAUGCCUUCUCGAGAAAAUAUUUUUAGAGGAUUAAUUAUGUCUAGUGGAAAAAUGGUUUUGUUAGACAAGUUGUUAACUAGACUUAAAAAAGAUGGCCAUAGAGUUUUAGUUUUUAGUCAGAUGGUUAGAAUGUUGGACAUUCUAGGAGACUAUUUAGUGAUAAAAGGCUAUCAAUUUCAAAGAUUAGAUGGUACUGUUCCGGCUUUUCAACGUCGUAUUGCAAUUGAUCAUUUUAAUGCACCUGGAUCUAAGGAUUUUUUAUUUUUGUUAUCUACAAGAGCUGGUGGUUUAGGUAUUAAUUUGAUGACUGCAGAUACUGUUAUUAUAUUUGAUUCUGAUUGGAAUCCUCAAGCUGAUUUACAAGCUAUGGCAAGAGCUCAUAGAAUUGGUCAAAAAAAUCAUGUUAUGGUUUAUAGAUUUGUUAGUAAAGAUACAGUUGAAGAACAAGUUCUUGAAAAAGCGAGAAAAAAAAUGAUAUUAGAAUAUGCAAUUAUAUCUUUAGGUGUAACCGAUAAUGGUACUAACAAAAAAAAUAAAACCGAACCUUCGGCUGGAGAAUUGAGUGAAAUUUUGAAAUUCGGUGCUGGUAAUAUGUUUAAGUCUGAAGGAAAUCAAAAGAAAUUGGAAGACUUGAAUUUAGAUGAUGUUUUAAAUCAUGCUGAAGACCAUAUUACGACUCCAGAUUUAGGAGAAUCUAAUUUAGGUGGUGAAGAAUUCUUAAGGCAAUUUGAAGUCACAGAUUAUAAAGCAAACGUUGAAUGGGAUGAUAUCAUCCCUGAAGAAGAAUUGCAAAAAAUUAAAGAAGAAGAAAAGAAAAGAAAAGAUGAAAUCUUUUUACAAGAACAAAUAGAAAUGUCUUCCAGAAGAACUGCAGCUCUUACUAAAAUUCAAAACAUUUAUAAUGAAGAUGAAGAUUCUGGCGAUGAAAGAAAAGCUAGAUUAAAAAAAAGAAAAGCUGAAAAUAAUAAUUUCCUUGCAGAAAAAGAAGUAAGAACAUUAUACAAGUCUAUACUUAAACUUGGGGACUUAUCAGAUUCCUGGGAUCAACUUAUUGACGAUGGAAUAUUAGUUGGAAAAACUAAAGAAAUAUGGAUUAAUACUUAUAAUGAUUUAAUGGCGAGAUCUAAAGCCUUAGUAGAUGAAGAAGAAGAACGCCGUGAAAAGGCCUUGCAAGAAUUAAAAAGACAAGCACUUGAACAAAAAGAAAGAGAAGCUAAAGGCGGUCCUCAAAGUGAACAAAGUCCUGCUUUAUGGGCACUAAAAAGAAAAGAAAGAAAGGCAAUUUUGUUUGAUUUUAGAGGUGUUAAAAAUUUAAAUGCCGAAUUGAUUUUAUCACGACCAGAAGAUAUGGCGGUAAUUAAAAGUGCAGUUCCAAAAGCAGAUCCAUUAAAAUAUAAAAUGGUCAGAAAUCCUAAACCUGUUCAUGGAUGGACUUGUGAAUGGCUGAAAAAAGACGAUGAACAUUUAUUGGUUGGGAUUUAUCAAUUUGGAUUUGGAUCUUGGCCUCAAAUUCGAGAUGAUCCAUUUUUAGAAUUAGGAAACAAAAUAUAUUUAAACAAUGAAACUUUGACAAAAGAAUUAAAAAAACCCAAUGGAGAAAUAAUAUCAAAGACAAUUAAGAAAGUUCCUGGAUCUGUGCAUUUAGUACGUAGAGUUGAUUAUUUAUUAAGUUUGUUGAAAGGUAAAGAAGAUGAGUCAGUAUCUUUACCUGCCUCAGUGAUGGAUAAGAAAAGAAUGAGAAAACCAAGAAAUGAUUUUGAACUCAAUGGUAAACCACCAUAUAAGAAAAAGAAGGCUGAUGGAGUUAUGGGAAUAAGAUCACCAGGAAUGCCUAAUAAGAAUGGCAAUGGAAAUAAGAUGCAUCCUGAAUAUAGGAGACGCUCUAUUUCCAAACCAGGACAUGAUGAUAUGGAUGAAAAUCAUUGUAAGGUUGUUAUGUUCCCAGUUCGUAAGUCUUUAAAGAAAUUGAAAAAAGGUGGUGAAGGACUUGAUCGUAAAGAAUGGGCCAAAGUAUUAAAACGAGAGUUGAUUAAAGUUGGAGAUCAUAUUGAAAAACAAAUUCUUGAUGAACAUAUAAGAAAAGGCGUUGAGAAGGCCAGGUUUAGAAAACAUUUAUGGUUAUUUUCAGCUUAUUUCUGGCCCAUUAAAGUCGACAGUACAAAGAUAAUGAAGAUGUAUUCGAAAUUAAAAUCAGCCAGU